ACCGCGAAUAGCAUCAACGACUGUUGUUGUUCAAUAGCGUUUUAAAGGACAUUACUUGGAAACAUGACGCAUUCACAAAGAGCAAUAUUAUAACGGAGCAGACACUGGACGGUUUUUUUUUUUUUAUCGGCUUCAAGUCAUGGAACAAAGGGGAUGCACCGCACGGAGGGAGCGACAGCGGUGGAUUGCCGUCUUGGUGGUUUUGGUUGUUCUAUGGACCGGAGUCUCUGCACAGAUCAGAUAUUCGAUAUCUGAAGAGGUUCCGGAUGGAUCCGUCGUUGGGAAUAUAGCUAAGGAUCUAGGACUAGAUAAGGCUGCUCUCAAAGACAGAGGAUAUCGCAUUGUAGCAGGAUCAACUGAACCCCUGUUUCAGGUGAAUCAAAAUGAUGGUAUUUUGUAUGUGAAAAGAAGAAUAGACAGGGAGGAGGUGUGCGACCGAAGCAGCCCAUGUUUGAUCAAUCUGAAAACAGUGCUAGAAAACCCACUAGAGAUCCACUACGUUGGAGUGGAAAUACUAGAUAUUAACGACCACUCGCCUGUAUUUCCAGAGAAAGAGAAAAGGCUCGAGAUUUCUGAGUCGGCCUUACCAGGAGCGAGAUUUCAACUACAGGCUGCCCGCGACUCCGAUGUAGGCCAGUUCUCCAUCCAGCAAUAUAAACUCAGCCAUACUGACUAUUUUAGGUUAGAAGUGAAGGACAGAGGCGAGGACCGUAAAGUUCCAUUUUUAGUUGUGCAGAAGCAGCUCGAUAGAGAAACAGCCGGGAGACAUAAGCUGCGCCUGACCGCAGUUGAUGGAGGUAAACCGGCUAAAUCUGGCGCUAUAGAAAUAACAGUGGACGUACUAGAUGUUAAUGACAACUCCCCGGUGUUUACCAAAGAGUUAUACUCUGCCACACUUAGAGAAAACGUCCCCAUUGGCACUGUAGUGAUUCAGGUAAAUGCAACAGAUUUGGACCAGGGUGCAAAUGGCGAAAUCAUAUAUUCAUUUGGUAAGGAAGUUGAUCCAAAAUUAAUGACGUUGUUUAGUGUAGACACAAACACAGGUGAAAUCAAAGUAAUGGAUCAUAUAGAUUUCGAGAAAAGUAAAAGUUACGAGAUUGACAUUCAGGCAUCUGAUAAGGGACCAGUUCCGUUAACAACUGACAGAAGUGUUAUAAUAACUGUCCUUGAUGUUAAUGAUAAUGCCCCUGAGAUUGAAGUGACAUCAUUUUCUAGCUCUAUCAGAGAGGAUUCAAAGAUAGGAACUACAGUGGCCCUGAUCAGUGUCAGCGACUUAGACUCUGGAAUCAAUGGUAAAGUCAUCUGCACAAUCAAUGAAGGUGUUCCUUUUACAUUAUCUCCAUCUUUACAAGAAAACAUGUACGCUGUCGUAACCAAGUCGCCCUUGGACAGGGAACUUGUUUCCAAAUUUGAUGUCACAAUUAUAGCGAAAGACACAGGUGACCCGUCAUUCUCAUCUAAAAAGACAGUAAGCGUCUUAGUUUCAGAUGUAAAUGACAACAGUCCAGAGUUUUCAUCAAUCCCCUAUGCAUUUUACAUCACAGAGAAUAACAGCCCAGGAGCCUCAGUAUUCUCAGUAAAGGCAUUAGAUCACGAUGAAAAUGAAAAUGCUUUAAUUUCAUAUCAAAUUCUAAGAGAAGAAACCAGGGAUAGUACUUUGUCCUCAUUUCUAAACAUUAAUAGUGAAAACGGAGAUAUUUUGGCGCUGAAAAGUUUCGACUUUGAAACAGUGAAAACGUUCCAGUUCCAAGUUGUGGCCACAGAUUCUGGAACUCCGUCACUAAGCAGCAACGUCACAGUGAACGUGUUCAUUCUGGAUCAGAACGACAACGCUCCAGUCAUCCUGUAUCCAGUCAGCUCCAACGGUUCUGCUGAAGGUGUGGAGGAGAUUCCCCGCAAUGUGAACGCAGCACACUUGGUGACUAAAGUCAGAGCCUAUGACGCUGAUAUAGGAUAUAACGGCUGGUUACUGUUUUCACUGCAGGAAGUGACUGAGCACAGUCUCUUUGCUUUGGACCGCUAUACAGGACAGAUCAGAACACUUCGCUCAUUCACAGAGACAGACGAGGCUGAGCAGAAACUGGUCAUACUGGUCAAAGACAAUGGCAACGUUUCCCUCUCUGCAACAGCUACUGUUAUUGUCAAAGUUGUGGAGCCCAAAGAGGCUUUUGCUGCUUCUGAUGUUAAAAGUGCAACAAACGAUGAUGAGGAGAGUAAUGUGACUUUUUAUCUCAUGAUAACUUUAGCCUCAGUUUCAGCACUUUUUCUCAUCAGCAUCAUCGUGCUCAUUGCAAUGCAGUGCUCCAAAUCCACAGACUACACUUCCAAAUAUCUACAAGAGACUAAUUAUGACGGGACACUGUGUCACAGCAUCCAGUACAGAUCUGGAGACAAACGCUACAUGUUAGUGGGACCCAGAAUGAGUAUAGGAUCUACUAUAGUCCCGGGCAGCCAUGCCAACACACUAGUGCUCCCUGACAGGAGGAGGACUUCUACUGAGGUAAGGAACUAA